AGUGGAUAAAAUUAUAUGAUAAUCGGAUAAUCCACGGACGCUAAAGGAGAAUAAUGUUAUAUAUGUCCCUGGACAUGUCCCUGGACAAUCCUAGUUACAAAAUGUUCAAGAAAACAAAUCCAAUUAUUAAGUCCCAUUGACAAAAAUAUAUACAUUGAUCCGUAAAAUAACUUCUCCUUCCAUGCCAUGUCGGUGUUAGAUGACAGCGGUACCGACUUCAUGGCGACAGAAGACACGCCCUUUCAUGAACAGGAGCAACAGAAUACUGGUACUCUUUGGGUGUGUAGCGUGCGAAACAAAACAAAAAAAAUGUCCAGCGCGUGUCAGACAAACCAAAGACGGAUUCAAGCAGGGCCGACUGAACCACAAUCACGCACCUGAUUCAUCCAAAAAGAAUAAAAUCAUCAUUACGCAGAAGGCCACCCAAUAUGCAAGUCAGCAAAUUUUCUCCGCAGCCAGUGGUAUUGUUGAGAACGUAGCGAGCGAGGUUAUCACAUCAACAUACAUUGAGCACCCUAAACUUGACCAUAUCAUGCGGGGGGUAAACAGAAAACGCCAGCGUCUCCGCCUAGAAGAUCCACAGACUAUUUACUUUGAGUUGCAAAAGGACUACAUUCCUGAAGGGUUUUUUAAAGGCGAGAUUCGGGUUGGUGGAAUGAGGCACUUAAUCUUUGCCACUUAUGAACACCUGCGCCUGCUUAAGACCUCUCUGAGAUGGUACUUAGACGGCACAUUUAAGGUUGUGCGAAAACCCUUCGACAAUCUUUUGAGCGUUCACGCCUUCGCGAGAAGAGGCAAUUGUGCUUAACAGGUCCCCCUCGUCUUUGUCCUGAUGACUGGUCGACGAACUGUAGACUACGUCAAGGUUCUGCAGAAAAUUGGCCGCCUCCUAGACCGACAGGUGGAGGUAGAGGAGUUCGUGGUCGACUUUGAAAAGGCAACGUGGAAGGCAAUACGAUACGUGUUUGGUGAAAACGCAAAGAUACAUGGAUGCGCAUUCCAUUGGGGACAAGCAGUUUGGCGCCAUGUGCAGGCAAAAGGACUCGCUACCGAGUAUUCUUCAAAACGCGAAACCUACGCGUACAUACGGAAACUGCUGUGGCUUCCGUUUCUGCCGUCGGAACACAUAACCGAGGUUUUCGACGCCCUUGCUGACAUCGCACCUCGCCGUUUUGACGGCCUAUUGGAGUAUAUGCGUUUAACAUGGUUCAGGUCUUCAACUUGGCCUGUUCCUUGUUGGUCGGUGUAUGGCAUGAGCAUUCGCACCAACAAUGACGUU